AUGACCGAGCCAUCUAGGCCAGAGUUUGAAAUCCUUGAUGCUCAAGGAAAAGAAUAUCAUAGGUGGGUGUCGGACUUGACUCACAUGUUCGUCGGUAAACGAUACACCACCACGAUUUUCCCUUCGGAUGUUCCUAAUACUCCUCCUCCCAGUCUGGAGACCAAAGCUCAAGCCCUCAUGUUUUUGAGGCGUCAUAUCCACCCAAUUCUAAAGAAGCAGUAUUUGAAAAAAGAACAUCCCAAGGAUUUAUGGGACGUUCUAAAGCAACGCUUCAAUAAUGUACAUGACGUACAACUCCCAGAAUUGACUGCGCGAUGGGAAACCAUUCGUUUGCUGGAUUUUGCCAAAGUUGAGGACUACAACCAAGCUAUGUUGGACCUCCAGGCAGAGCUUAGUUUUUGUGGAGUUGAUAAAUCCGAGGAAGAUAUGAUAGAGAAGACCUUGAACACCUUUCCCUCCUCUAUGAGCUUACUUGCUCAUCAAUACCGCCUUGAGUAUGAAAACGAAAGAGUUAAGACUUUUAGUGACCUCAUGAAUAUACUUCAGAAAAAAGAGAGGCAUCAUGAGAUUAUUCUCAACAACAAUGCAAGGCCGGUUGGGACCAAGAAAAUCCCUGAAACUUAUCAGGCUAGUGAUUACGUAUGGGCCGCACCUUAUGCACGUGGGCAAUCUGCAGCACGUGGGGGCGGCAAAGGGAACCAGCAACGCGGUCCAAACCGUAGCCUCACAUGGAAGAGGGACGGCGACACCACCGCCAACAACCAAGGAGGGGGCCGAUCCGGCCCUGGCUCUAGUAGAGGUGGAAAUCCUCCACCUAACUCUGUCAAAUACGAUCGAUUUUCUUGCUUCAAAUGCGGUUCAACUAUGCAUAUGCACAAACAAUGUCGUGCAAGCAAGGAAAUUCAAGAUAUCUACAAGAGGCAUAAGCAGUAUUUGGCUCAAGAGGCUAAUUUUACUAGUGGAGAUUAUGAGAUGGAUAACGGAGACGCAGAGCUCACCACCAAUCUCACUAUAGCAGAUUUUGAGACCAAGAAGAGUGUCUCUUCAAAGAGUGUUGAAACUCCGGAUUUUGAUUAG